CGGCAAGGCUCGCGAGGGUCUGCAGAACUUUCCACCAUCUUGCCGUCGAUGUCCUCUAUACACACAUUGUUUGCUUAUAUCGCUUUCUCACCUGCUUGCCUUCGGACCUGUGGAGGUGGCAGCACGUCAGCAACCUUGGUCCGAGAACACAACAUGUCUUGUCAUUCAACCGACCUCUUAGUCCAAGCGAAUGGGAUUUUCUGAUCAAACGCUGCGCCCGAGUCAAAAGCAUAACCGAGCUCCCAGGCUGCGAAGUACGAGCGUCUGCAGAGGUGCGGCGUUACCUGAAGCAAUGUCCGGUCCCGUGUCUCUUCCCGAACCUACGGAGCUUUCGCGACCUGAUGUGCUGGGCGGAUGGGACUGCCGUCCUCUUCGACGACAUAUUCUGCAGCCCGUCUCUGCGCUACUUUGAAGUACGUGGCGACGCCUUCACAGUACUCAAGCGUAUGCCAUCCUUGGUCAAUCGCUGCCCCUUACUGGAGACGUUCAAGGCGAUUAACCCCAACUUUAAACGUCCUGCGACCGGCUCUCGAAGUAUCGAGCCUUCGGUUCCGGUCACAAAAGCUGUGUGCGCGUGGAAGCACCUCCGGGAUGCGGAUUGUGGCCUUAUGAGCCCUGAGAUGCUCUCACGCAUUGCUCACUUGCCAAGGUUGAAUUCUCUGUCGAUCGACGUGUAUGCUCAAUCGAAGUGGAUAAUUGAGGAUGACACCUUCGGGAUGCCGGCGGUCAACCGCCUGAACAUCCGAGCAGACCGUUAUUCCACAUGCGGUAAGGCACUGGACUUGUUGUUCAAGGUAUCAGACAAGGAAGGUCCCAACCAGAAUGAUCUCGCAUCGGUCACGGCACUUUCUGUCAUAGCUAGGGUGGAUUGUCCCUCUGACCCGGCCAUAUUUGCCUUUGCCAACUCACUCGCCACCUCUGUCUCCCCCGCAUCUCUCAGCUCUCUCGAUAUCCUCAUGAAUGAUCAGCGCGGCGACGAUACCGACUAUCUCAAAACUGGCGCCUAUCCGAGCCUCCGACCGCUAACUGCUUUCACACAGCUCACAUCGUUCUCCUGCAACUCGUACACCAACCACGUCUUUUUCAAGGGCUUAGAGCUGCUCGACCUCGCCAAAAGCUGGCCACUGGUCGAAUUCCUCAGCGUUCGGCGCGUGCGCCAGCCCUUACGAAUCACGGAGCUUGCCGAGCUCCUUCGGUGCUGCAAGCACCUGCGCGUCCUCGACACCGAAAUACUCGUCAAGAACGCCGACGUGAUGACCGUUUACCGCGAGGUAGUCCUCGAGGAUGCGCGUGGGUCGAAUGCGACCCGCAACGAACACAUCAAUAAGGCAUUGUUCCGGAUUCCGGCGGGAGGUAGCAGGACACCGGGUGUGGAAUGGUUUGCACCCCUGCUCGAGUGGCUCUUUCCUCGGCUGGUGACGAUCCGGAUGAUGUCAGAGGCGCACAUUGAAUUUUGGUGCCAGGUGGCGGAGUGUGUAGAGGUACUGGGACAGAGACCAGCAGGCGAGGUCAAGAUUGAGCUUUGGGAGAUGUGAAUAUGUCCUUUGUCUCCUAUGGUUGUUUUGUAGGAUCUUACGCUUGCUUGCUCACCUCCCUAUCG